AUGGCGGCAGGAUUCAUUACUAGCGGCGGCGGCGAGCGGAAGGAUUACCCCGGAAAGAUGACGUGGCGCAUGGUGAUCACCUGCAUCAUGGCCGGCUGCGGCGGCCUCAUCUUCGGCUACGACAUCGGCAUCUCCGGCGGAGUCACCUCCAUGGCUCCCUUCCUCCAAAAAUUCUUCCCCCACGUCUACCGCCGCGAGGAGCUCAACUCCGGCGGCACCAACCAGUACUGCAAGUUCGACGACGCCAUGCUCACACUCUUCACUUCCUCACUCUACUUGGCCGCGCUCGUGGCCUCGCUUUUCGCCUCUUUCAUUACUCGAAAGUUCGGUAGAAAACCCUCGAUGGUUUUCGGCGGCUUGGUCUUCUUAGCCGGCGCCGCCGUCAACGGCUUCGCCCACAACGUUGCUAUGCUCAUCAUCGGCCGCAUCCUCCUCGGCGUCGGCAUCGGCUUCGCCAACCAAUCCGCUCCGGUUUACCUCUGCGAGGUGGCUCCGGCGAAGCACCGCGGCAAGCUGAACAUGCUCUUCCAGCUCAUGAUCACGGUGGGGAUUUUGUCUGCCAAUUUGAUCAAUUUCUUCUCCGCGAAGAUGAGUAGCGGGGAAGGGUGGCGCGUGAGCCUCGGAUGCGCCGGAAUUCCCGCCCUAAUUUUUCUCAUCGGAUCGCUCUGCCUCCCCGAUACCCCUAAUUCGUUAAUCGAGAGAGAAAAGCUCACAGAAGGGAAGGCGCAGCUGAGGAAAUUCCGCGGAGUUGAGGACGUGGAGGAUGAGUUCAACGACAUCGUUUUGGCGAGCCAGGCGGCGAAGCAGGUGGAGAAGCCGUGGUCGAAUCUCCUCCGCCGCAAGUACCGUCCGCAGCUAGUGAUGGUCGUUUUAAUCCCCUUCUUCCAGCAAUUCACCGGAAUGAACGUCAUCAUGUUCUACGCGCCGGUCCUAUUCAAAACCAUCGGAUUCGGCAGCAACGCCUCCCUCGCCUCCGCCCUAAUCUCCGGCGGCGUCAAUUGCGUCGCCACAUUAGUCUCGAUUUGCACCGUCGACCGAUUAGGCCGACGCUUCUGGUUUCUAGAAGGCGCGAUUCAGAUGUUCAUUUGCCAGAUCGUCGUGGCGAUCUGCAUCGGCGUCAAAUUCGGCGUCUCCGGCAACCCCGGGGAGCUGCCGGUGUGGUACGCAGGCAUAGUGGUGUUUGCGAUAUGCGUGUACGUGGCGGGAUUCGCGUGGUCGUGGGGCCCGCUCGGGUGGCUGGUGCCCGGGGAGAUACUGCCGCUGGAGGUGAGAUCGGCGGGGCAGAGCGUGAAUGUGUCGGUGAAUAUGAUCUUCACGUUCAUCAUUGCUCAGUGCUUCCUCAGGAUGCUUUGCGUGAUGAAAUUUGGGCUUUUUAUUUUCUUCUCCGUCUUCGUCUUCGUCAUGGCGCUUUUCAUCCACUAUUUCUUGCCGGAGACAAAGGGGAUUCCGAUUGAGGACAUUGCUGAGGUUUGGAAGACGCAUCCGUACUGGAAGAGAUUCGUCGACGAGGACGACGACGCUGCUCGCAAGAGUAGGUUUUCAGGAGUUUAGGUUAUGUUCUUUUAUGUUGCUUUUUCUUUUUGGGGUUAGAAUAUUUAUGUUUUUGUUUAGGUUUUCAUGA